CGCCAAGCGGAGCAGCAGCCCCAUUCGCCCCAAAGUAGCGCUCUUUAGCAGAGCGAGAGAGAGAGAGAGACAGUGCUCCAAAUAGUGGGAGGCACAGCAACAAGCAGGGAAAGAGCGAGAGCAAAAGAGACUCGUCCAGCAGGCUUCAAGAAUGGAUGCUGGUGAUGCGGAGAACGGCAAGAAGAUCUUCGUGCAGAAGUGCGCCCAGUGCCACACUUACGAGGUGGGUGGCAAGCACAAGGUUGGCCCGAAUCUGGGUGGAAUCGUGGGUCGCAAGAGCGGCACUGCGCCUGGCUACAAGUACACGGAAGCCAAUAUGAAAAGGGCCGUUUCCUGGACGGAGGGAAAUCUGGACGAGUACCUAAAAGACCCAAAGAAGUACAUCCCCGGCACAAAGAUGGUUUUCGCCGGUCUCAAAAAAGCUGAAGAUCGGGCCGAUUUGAUCGCCUUCCUGAAGACAAACAAGUAAAAGAAAAACUCCUGCAAAACAACAAGAUCGGCAACCAUAACAUCAGGAAGACGGCACUAAAAAAAUUUGACCUUACAAUUGCAACAUUUACUGAUAAUCACAUUAAUCUUUAAUUGGAAGCAACAUACGCCCAAUAAUACUUUAAAAAGGUUUACAUCUAC